UCCUGUACUUCUUAUUCAAUGGCUGUGUCGGUUUCUGUUGACAGAUUUUCUCGUUGCAUGGACUGCAAUUAGUUAAAAACUAUAAAUUUUCGAUUAUUAAUUAAAAUAAUUAACAAAAUGAAAAGUGUUUUAAUGGUAGCAGAAAAGCCUUCUCUAGCGGCUUCGUUGGCGAGUAUACUUAGCAAUGGAAAAUGUUCAUCCAAAAAAGGUUCCUAUAAUUCGUGUUCUACUCAUGAGUGGGAUGGAAAUUUUCGUGGAGAAAAUGUUCGCUUUAAAAUGACUUCGGUCUGUGGACACGUAAUGUCUCUCGAUUUUGUUGGUAAAUACAAUUCUUGGGAUAAAGUUGACCCAGUAGAGUUGUUCUCAUGUCCCACCGAAAAAAAAGAAGCUAACCCCAAACUAAGAAUGCCAGCAUUUCUCGCCCAAGAAGCAAAAGGAUGUGAAUAUCUUGUUUUAUGGCUUGAUUGCGAUAAAGAGGGUGAAAACAUCUGCUUCGAAGUUAUGGACGCUGUCUCACGUUCAAUAAAGAAUGUUUUCAGUCAUAGCAUCACCUAUCGAGCCCAUUUCUCUGCCAUUACCGAAAAAGAUAUUAAAACCGCCAUGGCUACGUUGGGUCAUCCUAAUGCGAAUGAAGCCAAGUCAGUUGACGCACGUCAAGAAUUAGAUUUGCGCAUAGGGUGCGCCUUCACAAGGUUCCAAACAAAGUUUUUUCAAGGAAGAUAUGGUGAUUUAGAUGCAUCCCUAAUAUCUUAUGGACCGUGUCAAACCCCAACCCUUGGAUUUUGUGUUAAGCGACACGAUGACAUACAAACAUUUAAGCCGGAAACGUUUUGGUAUUUGCAAUUGCUUGCCGGGACCCCAGAAGUAGUUCUUGAGUGGGCAAGGGGAAGAGUGUUCAAAAAAGAAGUUGCUAUAAUGUUAUUGAACAAAGUUAGGGAGAUGAAAGAGGCAUUGGUGGAGAGUGUAUCUUCGAAAGAGCAGUUUAAAGGAAGACCACAAGCAUUAAACACUGUCGAACUGAUGAGAGCAGCUAGUUCAGGUUUGGGAAUCGGGCCAUUCCAGGCAAUGACAAUUGCUGAGCGCUUGUACACACAAGGUUACAUUAGCUACCCCCGUACGGAGACAACACAGUAUCCGACCAAUUUUGAUCUGCAUGGUGUCCUAAAAGUAUUGACACCUUCUUCGGAAUUUGGAGAAGAAGCUAAAGCAAUUUUGUCUGAUUUUAAUCCACCACGUAAAGGAAAAGACUGUGGUGACCAUCCACCGAUAACACCUAUGAAGCUAGCAGACCGUGGCGAAUUCGAAAAGGAUACUUGGCGCAUUUACGACUUUAUCUGUCGUUAUUUUCUUGGGACAGUUUCACGAGAUUUAAAAUAUAAAACCACAACUGCAAAAUUGAAAGUUGGUUUGGAAACAUUUUCCUGCACAGCAAACGUUCUCAUAGAUCCGGGCUUUACAAAAGUAAUGACAUGGCAAGCAUUUGGACGUGAUGAAUCGAUUCCACCAUUUGUACAAGGUGAAAUGGUCCAGAUUAACGAUGUUAGCAUGGGUGAGUCUCAAACUGGUCCUCCAGAUUACUUAACUGAAUCUGAGUUGAUUACUUUGAUGGAGCAACAUGGCAUUGGAACAGAUGCUUCAAUACCAGUUCAUAUAAAUAACAUUUGUCAGAGAAAUUAUGUAAAAAUUGAGGGUGGCAGAAAGUUAAUACCAACUACUUUGGGCAUAGUUCUGGUGCACGGAUAUCAAAAGAUUGAUCGUGACUUAGUUCUUCCUACAAUGCGAUCAGAAGUGGAACGAAUGUUGACUUUGAUUGCAAAAGGUUCAGCAGACUUCAACGCAGUAUUAAAACACGCUGUUGAAAUAUUUCGUCUGAAAUUUUUGUAUUUUGUGCAGAACAUAUCAAAUAUGGAUAUAUUGUUCGAGGUAUCAUUCUCACCGCUGGCGGAAUCGGGAAAAGCGCACUCUAGGUGUGGUAAAUGCAGAAGAUAUAUGAAAUACAUUCAAACAAAACCUGCUCGACUUCAUUGUUCACAUUGUGACGAAACGUAUUCUCUUCCGGGAAAUGGCAAUGUUAAGGCUUAUCGAGAACUGAAAUGUCCUCUGGAUGAUUUUGAACUUUUAGCGUUUUCAAGUGGCACAAAAGGGCGUUCUUAUCCACUUUGUCCGUACUGUUACAAUAAUCCACCAUUUAGGGAUAUGCCAAAAAAUUCCGGUUGCAACUCCUGUACCCAUCCAACGUGCCAGCAUUCAUUGUAUACGCUUGGAAUAUCUAGUUGUGUAGAGUGUGAAAACGGAAUUUUAGUGCUAGAUUGUACCAACACCCCUAGUACUUGGAAAAUAGGUUGCAACCGAUGUGAUGUUAUAAUUAACGUGUUUAGAGGUGCAUUGAAAGUAACCGUCGAUGAAAAUCGUUGCGAUUGCGGAGCACAGUUUGUCACUGCGCAGUAUAAACCGGAAAAAACUCGUUUCAAGGACGGAUGUGAAAAGACCGGCUGUGUGUUCUGCUCAGAAGAUUUCUCACCUUUAGUAGAAAAGCAUCGUGCAAUUGCAACUCGACCGGCGAAUAUUCGAGGCGGACGUGGCGGUGGACGAGGUGCUAGCAAGGGCGGUCGUGGUGCUUCUGGUGGUAGUCGUGGACGGCCUAAGCAGUCAAAAGACAAAAUGGCUCAACUAGCAGCUUAUUUCGUAUAAGUUUAUAAAAAAAAAAAACGAAUUUCGUCAAAAGUUUAAAUGAUUUUAAAUAAUAUUCUUUUCAAAUUUACAUAAACCUCUAGAAGAAGUUUAAACCAGUUUUGCUCCUCAAUUUGCAUUUAGUUUAUUGAUAUUGAGAAUAUUGUGUGUCAACUACCGAUUUUUGCAAUAAAUACAAACAUUAUAGAAAUUAAAA